AUGUUUUGUGGUAAAUUUUUAGUUGAUACAUUAAACUAUUAUAAAGUAACUACUAUUGAAUAAACCAAAGUAAGAAUCCAAUAAAUGAAGCCCUGGAUAAUAAAAAAUAAAGAUGAAAGAGAAUAAAGGAAUAAAUUAUUAUAAUAAUAUUUUAGAUUAAAUAAUGGAUUUUAAACAAUCUAUAAGUGA